AUGGGGGAUGAGGGACACGGCAUCUUCGGUUCCUUGGAAAUAACACAGAGUUUAGAAGAUGAUCCUCUACUGGAUGCACCACUUAUUUCGUCUCAUACAUUGCAUUCCCAAUUGAGGCCAAGAUUUCAUGCUAUCCCAGCAGUUUUCCUUGCCAAUCUUCUGUUGCUAAUACAUGUUGCUUUUGUUGUUCUGGCAUUUUUAGCAGCUAUGUUUUGUUCUUACCCCAAUCCAAAUCAGGAUAAGUGCCCGGGAAACUAUACUCACCCACUGAAAGUACAGACUGUCAUAAUCAUUGCAAAAGUAAUUCUGUGGAUUCUGCAUGUUGUUUUUGAACGAUACAUCCAGCACCAUCACAGUAAAGUCAGAAGCAGAGGUUACUUCUCAAUAUACCGAUCAACAAGACAUCUAAAAAGUCUUCCACUGCUGAUACACUCCACAGGUAAUGCAGCCCUGCUUUUGAUUCUGUCAAUGCAGCAUUCCUUUCCUGAUCACAGUAAAGUGUACCUGUAUCUUAUCCUGGGAGUCCUGGGCCUAGAGCUGAUCAGCUCCCUGACAUGCUUAGUGAUUUACACAGUGAAAAUAAGCAACUUCAAUCGUGCAAAGCCAAGACCUGACAUAAUUGAAGAAGAAAAGAUGUAUGCCUACCCCAGUCACAUUACCUCAGAAAUUGGAUUCAGGGAAAAUUCAAGUUUAGAAGAGAUAGUUGAGAAGCAAGGAGAUGUAAUAGAAUAUCUUCAGCGACACAAUGCACUGCUUAGCAAGAGACUGUUGGCACUAACAUCUCAGCAAAUCAAAGCUUAACAGCAUUUUGAAAACGGCUUGCUGGAGCUCUGGAGGGAACAUAAGGUAAUGUAAUAUCCAGACUGAUUUGUACAGCUGACUUUUUCAAUCCUUCACAUUUUGAAAUGGAAGUUAAGCUGGAAGGAUGAGCUCUGCAUACACUAUAAACCUAUUACAACUGGACACUCUGGCUCUUUAAAUCAUCAGUUCUGAGAAGUUCUGGAGCUUCAAGGACUUCUAAUACCUAAGAGGUUAAAGUUGGACC